GAUGCCGAGCCCAGCUGGCAGGGCAGGAGGUGUUGGUGGUGGUGGUGUUGUUGGUGUUGUUGUUGGUGGUGGUGUUGGGGCGGGCGGCGUGAGAGACAAACACGGCCGCGACCACCCCCCCCCGUAGCGUCUCUCUCCCUCCAUCCGGCACGCACCACGGAGCGAGCGGGGGGAGACCAACACAGCCGGCGGUCGCCUUCGCCACCAAGCGGAAGCAGCAGAGCAUCGUGACGAGUCUCCUGCCCCUACAGCUACUGCUACAGCUGCUACAGCUGCUGCUGCUGCAGCUGCUGUAGUCACAUUCUAGCGGAGGAGCCCGCGGUGCCGUCGGGACCCCCGGCGGGACCCCCUCCCCCCGUCGCCCCGCACCAUGCCGACAGGCACACUCACCCCCACCCCGAUGGGUCCGUUUUCAGCGCUCACGCCCAGCAUGUGGCCUCAAGACAUCCUGGCCAAACUCGCACAGAAGGAUGAGGAGUCGCAAGACGGGGAAGAGCUGCUCUUCGAUGAGUUCGGGUUUCGCUUGGAAAAGGAAGACGGGGUGGAUGCGCCGCCGCCGCCGCCCCCGACGGGGCCGCCCCCCGCGGGCGAGGACGCGCAGGUGCGCCUGCGCUGGCAGGCCUACCUGGAGUUCACGCAGAACCACGGCGUGGGCGACCUCACGUGGGAGCAGCUCGCCGACACGGUGCCGCGCUCGGACAAGCUGCGCGCGCUCGUGCUCGCGGGCAUCCCGCACAGCAUGCGCCCCCACCUGUGGGUCCGCCUGUCGGGUGCGCUGCUGAAGAAGAAGACGAGCGAGGUGUCGUACCGUGACGUGGUGAGGGCCAGCUCCGAGGACGCCUCCCUCACGGCCAAGCAGAUCGAGAAGGACCUGCUGCGCACGAUGCCGACCAACGUGUGCUUCUCCGAGAUGACGAGCACCGGCGUGCCGCGCCUCCGCCGCCUGCUGCGCGCCCUCGCCUGGCUCUACCCCGACAUCGGCUACUGCCAGGGCACCGGCAUGAUCGCGGCGUGCCUGCUGCUGCUGCUGGAGGAGGAGGACGCGUUCUGGUCGAUGGCGGCGCUGGUGGAGGACCUGCUGCCGGCGGCGUACUUCAGCACCACGCUGCUGGGCGUGCAGGCCGACCAGCGCGUGCUGCGCCAGCUCGUCGCCUCGCACCUCCCGCGACUCCACGCGCUGCUCACCGAGCACGACAUCGAGCUGUCCCUGAUCACGCUGCACUGGUUCCUGACGGUGUUUGCGAGCGUGGUCCACGUGCGACUGCUGCUGCGCCUCUGGGACCUCUUCUUCUGCGAGGGCUCCGUCGUGCUCUUCCAGCUCACGCUCGGCAUGCUCAAGCUGAAGGAGGAUGAGUUGGUACAGUCCGAAAACUCUGCCUCCAUCUUCAACACCCUGUCGGACAUCCCGACUCAGAUGAACGACCCAGAUCUUCUCAUCCAGGAGUCGAUGAGGGUGGCGGGAGGCCUAACGGACGCCAUCCUGGAACCCCAGCGGCGGAAGCACCUGGCGUACCUCAUGGCCGACCAGGGCCAGAUCAUCAACCCCGAGGGGCCCAACCCCACCAUCCCCAAGCAGCUGGCACGGAGGCAGAUGCAGCGGCAGAAGUCGGUCAUCGGGGUCCUCUUCUUCGGCGACCAGGAGGACCCGGAGUCUCUGAAGGCCAAGAACAUCAAGCAGACGGAGCUGAUCUCGGCGCUGCGCGACGCCAUCCUGCGCGUGGCUCGACACUUCCACGACAUCGACCCCGAGCAGGGAGCGGACCUCACGCCGGACUACUCGACCGAGUCGCACCAGCUGGACCACGAGAACUACGUCGCCGUGACGCGCAACCGCCGGCGGCGCGCCAAGGCGCUGCUCGACUUCGAGCGCCACGACGACGACGAGCUGGGCUUCCGCAAGAACGACAUCAUCACGAUCAUCUCUCAAAAGGACGAGCACUGCUGGGUCGGAGAGCUCAACGGACUUCGAGGUUGGUUUCCGGCCAAGUUCGUCGAGGUGUUGGAUGAACGGAGCAAGCAGUACUCGAUGGCGGGGGACGACUCGGUGACGGAGGGGGUGACGGACCUGGUGCGCGGGACGCUCUGCCCGGCGCUCAAGGCCAUCUUGGAGCACGGCCUCAAGCGGCCGUCCAUCCUGGGCGGGCCCUGCCACCCGUGGCUCUUCAUCGAGGAGGCGGCGAGCAAGGAGGUGGAGAAGGACUUUGAGUCGGUCUACUCGCGACUCGUGCUGUGCCGCACCUACAGGCUGGACGAAGACGGUAAAGUUCUCACCCCGGAAGAGCUCCUGUACCGGGCGGUGCAGUCUGUGAAUCAGUCGCAUGACACGGCGCAUGCACAGAUGGACGUCAAGGUCCGCUCGCUCAUUUGCAUCGGCCUCAACGAGCAGGUGCUCCACCUGUGGCUGGAGGUGCUGUGCUCGAGUGUUCUCACCGUAGAGAAGUGGUACCAGACGUGGUCGUUCCUGCGCAGCCCCGGCUGGGUACAGAUCAAGUGCGAACUUCGGGUUCUCUCCAAAUUUGCGUUUAAUCUCUCGCCCGACUGGGAGCUUCCUCUCAAGAAGGAGGACAAGGACACUCGUCCGCUCAAGGAGGGCAUCCAGGACAUGCUCGUCAAGCACCACCUCUUCAGCUGGGACAUCGACGGCUAGGAGUUGGGGGGAGGGGGGGGGGCACUCUCACGUCGUCUCGACCCCUCACCUUUAACCUCUCAACUGCCGCCACCCCCCCCCCCCCCGCCCGCGCCCCACAAAACAAGUGAACCCAACCCACAGCUUAGUCCGCAGCUUUCUGUGUGUGUGCCUCCCCCGGCUUGUGCUGCCCCUCUCCUCGCCGCCCAACAGUCUCAAUUUCCCAUCAUCCUUAGCAGCUGCCGCCACCCCCUCGCUCUCAAAAUCAACCCUCGCGCUACCUUAACCCUAAAACGCAGCCGAUUCUUGAUUGUACAGCCUUAAUAAUAAUAAUAAUUUAUAAAUAAAAAAAUCGCAAAAGCCCUUUCUUUAUUCGUACGGGAGAGCCCCGCUGAGUCUCGUGACUCAGGGGGGUUUCCGGCCACAUCGGGAUGAUCGACCAAUUGCUGUACAGUAUUGAGUAAACGGGGGGCGCGCUUGUAGGGGGGAGCGAUGGCGAGAUGUUGACUACCUCGCCUGGUAUGCAGGAGGUCGCGGGUUCGAUCCCGACCCUGACGCCUGCUUUUGCUGCUGUAUAUUUGGACUUUGCGGUGUCUCCCUCUCCCCGCGGUCGCGUGGGCUUUUUUCUCCGGGGUUCUCCGGCUUUUCCCUCCGCAUUGAGAAUCGGCCUCGCGUGCUCACAGUAUUUGGCCGUGAUAUAUUUGCACGUGAUAAGCCACUCCGUCGAGCUAUCAUUUGUGAUAGCCAGGUUGCUUCUGAAAAAGAGCGACCUGGUAAAACAGAAACAAGCCAAAAAACGCCUUGCUUUACGAUUCGGCCGGCGACCUACGGCCUACUUUGUGUACUGCUGCCUGCAAGCGCUGCACCCCCCCCCCGCCCGAGCUGCCUCCUCCCUGCACGGCCUGGCCUGGGGGACGAGGGGGCACGCCAGAGAGGAAACGAAACUCUGCGAGGAGUCUGCGGAUAAUUCGCCGCCGCUACCGCAUCAUAAUCAUCGCAAACGCUGCGCACGGACGAUGCUCACAAACGUAUUCCACCGCCUCUCUCGCUCGCACGCACUUGUCCUGAGCCCCCUGGUGGAAAAUUCCACAAUACUAUGGCGGUGACCGGCAGAACCGUAAUUUCAGCAACACAACAAUAGCAGCCACAGCGGCGGGGGUAGCAGCAACCGGCUAUUGACCUCCCUAUUCUACAUGGGGCAUCAUCCCACAGAAGAGCGUGGUGGUGGUGGUGGUAGCGGUGGUGAUGACGACGACGACAAUGAUGAUGGUCAUGAAGAUGACGGUGAUAAUCGUGAAAACCAUGACUUGUAAUGACGAUGGGAACAAGGCUGAUGAAGAAGGACAUGAUGAUGAUGGUGAUGAUCGUAAAUAUGACGACUCAAAGAUGAUGGUGGAGACACUUGGCCAGUGACCUUCGCGACGCAAAUCUCCGCUCCAGAAUGAACAUUGCGACGCUUCGCAAGUGCCGUGCGCGCACGUGCGUGCGGAGAGUAACGCGCGGUGCGUUACGGCGACGCGCGCACCAACGCCCGCGGUUCAGUAUUACGAAAUGAGAAGCGGGGGUUUGACGGCGUUAAAACCUCGGCGUAGGACGGACGGUCGCGUCGCCCGGAUCCAGAUGGCUCCAUCCCAGGAUUAACCCUCGGGGGCACCGCGUCUUCUACGACUAGGCGGGCCCGGAAAAUACUUCCUCGCACGGCACACGGCAUCCCAGCGUCCCUCUUUGGCUGCGGCUGCUGCUGCUGCUGCUCACGUGCUACCUACUCCCAGUUCUGCCGACCACCUAAACGAAAAUAUUCAGUGAGAGCGUAAGUUCACUGGGCGAGAGGAUUUAUGUGAAUUCCGUGUUCCCGCGCGGUCCGAUCCUAUUUUUUUUUCUUUCCCUCCCAGAGAGCACUUGGGCCACUUCAGCCACGGGAUAGUCGAGGUUGGCAUCCACGGUGGAAUCCCUCCCUGGUCAGGAUCUGAAGCUAACAGGGUGCUGCUCGUGUGCCGGUCAAAUCCUGGUGCUCCACUCGGCUUGACGAUGGCACACGGAGCUGCCGGAGAGACCGGAGAUCCCAAAAAGCUGGAAUGGAUUCUGAUCUCCCCCCUCACCCUCCACCUGGCGAGGAGGUGGGGUGGGGGGCAGUGAGUUUUUCUGAAUGGGGAAAUGUGGAUUUUUGAAAGUAGGGUGACAGAGAGAAACUGGAUGUAAUGUAUAAAAUAUAUCGUAGCGCUUACGUUGACACUUUAGUUGUUUAAAGAAUUUUGUAUGUGUUUUUUUGGUUUUCGGAUUUUGCGUUUUGUGCGUUGCGCUUGGCUACGGCUACAUGUGGCGUUGGCAAAGGGAUUCGGGUUUAUUUUUGGUGACGGUUGCAAAGCAAUGCCCCCCCCCUCCCCCUCCUCCUCCUUGGGGGCCGAUUAAGUUAUGAUGCAAAGCAGAAGCGGUAGCAGUGCCGAACAGAGUGAAGGGGCACAAGGAGCGGAGUCGCCGAGGGAUGGAUUCACCUUCCGGUGAAGUAGUUGGGUGUUAGACGAGGAAGUCGAGGGGGGUGGGAUAAUUAGUUGGGUUAGACCAGGGGGGGGGGGGGUCGGCGAGCACUACAACACGAGGAGCCAUUUUUUUCUAUUCGGUAAACAAAAUAUUUCAAGGGCGGCAAUGCACGUGCUCCUUAAUCAAUAACAUCACGAAGCGGUUCCUUCAUGAGCCACAUGCAGCUCCAGAGCCGCAGGUUGCCCGCCCCUGCCCAUGGUGAACUGGGGACUUCCAUGGUGAACUGGGGACUUCCAUGGUAAACUGGGGACUUCCAUGGUGAACUGGGGACUCCCAUGUUGAACUGGGGACUCCCAUGGUGACCUGGAGACUUCCAUGGUGAACUGGACUCCCAUGGUAAACUGGAGACUUCCAUGGUAAACUGGAGACUUCCAUGGUGAACUGGGGACUCCCAUGGUGAACUGGAGUCUCGUGGUAAACUGGAGACUCCCAUGGUAAACUGGAGUCUUGUGGUAAACUAGACUACCAUGGUAAAAUGGGGAUUUCCAUGGUGAAUUGGACUCCCAUGGUAAACUGGGGACUUCCAUGGUGAACUGGAGUUUCGUAAACUGGACUCCCAUGGUGACCUGGGGACUCCCAUGGUAAACUGGACGUCCAUGGCCAGGGCUUGGCAACCAAAAAAAUAACGAGACAUUUUUUUCGUCCGAAUUUCAAGAGCCGCACUGCAGUCCUUGAAGAGCCACGUGGCGCAGCUCUGACGCGGCAGGUCGCCCACCCGCCCUGAGUGUGCCGAGGUGGAGGAAGCGAGUUCGGCGGCGGGCGGGGUGAGUGGGGAGAGAGAAAGUGCCGGGGUGAUGGCGCUGCCUGCACCUUCGUCGACCCCGAUGGCGGCGUCGAGGGAGCCAGUGUUGGUUUCUCUGCGGCACUCGUUGACGUUCUUGCAAGGAGCUCUCGCUGCCUCCCCCGCGCCCUCGCGCACGCCAACUCCGCGGGUCUCCGAUCUGUGGCGGUGACAUUGGCGACGCGACCGAGGCUCUCGCUCACUCGCUCGAGAAAAGUAAAUCGAUGUCAGCUGGCUGGCUCUCUCUCUCUCGCUCGCUCACUCGGGCCACGCGGAGGCACUCGAUGGGCAGAUGCUGGCUUUCAUCCAGCAGUGCAUUGACCGCGGCUGAUUGAUUAUGUACCGCACGUUGAACUUCCUUCGCGCUGUACGUAGCCAACCGCGCUAAUCGGAGGUGCGGAGGAAUGGCAAACUUAACGCACAAAUCAGUUGGAGAGGAAUUCGUUUUCACUCGAGAUGAUGAAUUUAGACGUGCGCAGCGGCUUCCCAGUGUCGAAAGGGCAUCCCAGAGGGCUGCAGAAACGCGUCUGGAAGCGUGACGCGGGUGAUCGUCUCGUUUCGAUGGCCAGCGACAAGUCGCCACUGCUAGGGCGACCCCGAGUUCGACGACGGUGGUUGUUGUUGUUGUUGUUUAUUUUGUAUGGAAGCUGGGAAAACGCCGCGCAAACAGCGGACGUGAAAUCCGGUUGCUGCACGUGGCAGGCUUUGGUUUACAGUCGUAAGUUGGAUCCGUGGUGGUGGUGACAGUGGUGACGGUGGUGACGGUUGUGCAAUGGUCCCGGUGGUUUAAGUUAAAAAGCGGAGUGGACUUUCCGCGGCAAUGAUGUUGCAAAUGCAAA